CCAGUGUCACCAAUCCACAUUGUUUGAUUCUUCUGAAACUCUGGAGUCCAACGAAACAUAACUCUGAAACUCGCAACCGCCAGAACACAAAGUUUCCAAAAAGGGCAUAGAGAGAGAGAUGCUGACGCAGUCCGUUUUGUGUCCCAAGUCACCUUUACUGUCAUCAUCCUCAGGUAGCCUCUUCACUUCUCUCUCUCUGUUCUGUCCAACUUGUCUCAAAUUCUCCGAGAAACACAAGCUGCGUGCUUCUCUAACUCACUCAAAUCCCAGCGAGGGUGUCAAAGAAUUCAACUUUCUAGCUUUAAACGACGAAACUCAUGCAAUUACUGACCACCCAAAUGGCCCAACUCUCGGAGAGGAAAUUUCCUUUGAGUUAUACAACCAUUUGUUACAAGAUUUUUGUAGAGUUGGGCAUGUUGACAAGGCCAUGGCUCUUCUUGCUCGAAUGGAAGCUCUUGGCUUUCGACCCAAUUCGAUAUCCUACACUCGUUUAAUUGAUGCUCUGGGAAGUUUUGGGAGGACUUUGGAGGCUGAUGUGUUGUUUCAGGAAAUGAUAUUUGUGGGGUUUAGGCCAAGAAUUAAGCUUUACAAUGUGUUGCUUAGAGGGUUUUUGAAGAAAGGUUUGUUAGGACUUGCAAUUAGAGUUUUGGGAGUAAUGGGUGAUUUGGGUACUGAAAGAAAUCGAGAAACUUAUGAGAUUUUACUUGAUUACUAUGUCAAUGCUGGGAGGUUGGAGGAUACUUGGUCAAUGAUUAAUGAGAUGAAGCAGAAGAGGUUUCGGCUGAGCUCAUUUGUGUACAGUAAGGUUAUUGGUCUUUAUAGAGACAAUGGGAUGUGGAAGAAAGCAAUGGACAUUGUGGAGGAGAUAAAAGAAAUGGGGUUGGUAUUAGACAAACAGAUUUACAACAGCAUUAUUGAUACAUUUGGGAAAUAUGGUGAGUUGGAUGAAGCAUUGGAAGUCUUUGGGAAAAUGAAACAAGAAGGUGUAAGGCCUGAUAUUUCGACCUUUAAUUCGUUGAUACGGUGGCACUGCAAGUCUGGUUUGUUAAAGAAGGCCCUUGAGUUGUUUACCGAGAUGCAAGAACAAGGAUUAUAUCCUGAUCCGAAAAUGUUUGUUACUAUUAUCAGUAGAUUGGGGGAGCAAGGGAAGUGGGAUAUGAUACAGAAGACCUUUGAGAAUAUGAGAAGCCGAGGGCAUAAAAAAAGUGGGACUAUUUAUGCUGCUCUGGUUGACAUUUAUGGGCAAUAUGGAAAAUUUCAGGACGCAGAAGAGUGUAUAUCUGCACUAAAGGCAGAAGGUCUUGUUCCCUCUGCCAGUAUGUUUUGUGUCUUAGCAAAUGCCUAUGCCCAGCAGGGAUUAUGUGAUCAGACAGUCAAAGUACUUCAGCUCAUGGAAGCCGAGGGAAUCGAACCAAAUGUGAUAAUGCUGAAUGUUUUGAUUAAUGCAUUUGGUAUUGCUGGUAGACAUUUGGAGGCAUUGUCCAUUUAUCACCAUAUAAAAGAAAGUGGUUUAAGCCCCGAUGUAGUUACUUAUACUACCCUUAUGAAGGCGUUUAUUCGAGCAAGGAAGUAUGAUAAGGUCCCUGAGAUAUACAUGGAUAUGGAACAUGCUGGAUGCACCCCAGAUAGAAAGGCUAGACAGAUGUUAGAAGUCGCUUCAUUGGUCCUUCAACAGAGGAAUUGAGAGUAUCCGGAUGGCUUUAAGUGAGUUUGGGAUGCAACGUGCUCAUGUUGUGUCGUAUGGGUCUAAUUAGAGACCAAACUACUCUUGAUAUUAUCGUUAACUAAGGUUUUCUGAGACGGCUGUUGAAUCGCACUUCAUAAAUGGUGAAACUUUCAGCUGGUGAAAAUUUCUGUUUCUGAUGCAACAUACGGGAGUGAGAUCUCAAAUAUCUUGGUAUUAACUAUAUGAAGUGAAAAAUGUGAGAGAUAUAUCCAACACAUGUCAACACUCUUUGUGAGCUGCCAACUGUGUUUUCUGAAGCCAAGGCUCGCACCGUCAGAGAUCCAACUUAUAGCUUGUGCUGAACUAAACACAAGCAGAACUUUUGCUGUUUUGCAGCAGAAUCGAGUAUUAUGUUCAUAUUGUACAUGUAAUGGAAAACUUGUUCAUAUUUUCACGAGAAAAUCAAUAUACAAUCUUGAACAAUUUUUGUUUGCACAGAGUUUCCAUCGCACCCAUUUCUUGCCUGGUGUAUUGUUGUUCUUUCAA